CUCAGGUUUCUUGUGUUUCUCUCUCCUUUUUUUCUCCGGAAAGUCACCAAGACCAAUCACAGUCUUUUUGCUAACCUCGACUCGUCAUCACAUCGAAAUUUCGAUUCAAAUUUAAACAAUCAAAUCAAUUCAAUUUUGCAAUUAACAAUCCUAAUUUGUUGGAAAUGGAGAUUGCAAUUGAACAAUCGAAAUCUAAUGAAGAAGAAGAAGAGAAGAGGGAAAGUAAUGGCAUUUUAUUAGGAGGAAUCGAAGCAGAGGGAAUCGAAGGUUCCUCUUCUUCUUCUUGUAAUUCUACAAUCACAACAGAAGAGACUACGACGACGACGGCGGAAACUACUUCUAAUACUAGCGGGAAUAUGCCUGAUGGAUAUAUUGAUGAUGAUGAUGAUGAAGAUGUGUGUAGAAUUUGUCGAAACCCUGGGGAAACUGAUAAUCCUUUAAGAUAUCCUUGUGCUUGUAGUGGGAGUAUUAAGUUUGUUCAUCAAGAUUGUUUAUUACAGUGGCUUAAUCACAGCAAUGCUCGUCAAUGUGAGGUGUGCAAACAUCCUUUUUCGUUCUCUCCUGUUUACGCUGAGAAUGCUCCUGCUAGACUUCCUUUCCAGGAGUUUGUGGUUGGGAUGGCAAUGAAAACAUGCCAUGUGAUGCAGUUCGUUCUGCGACUUGCCUUUGUGCUUUUUGUCUGGCUCCUCAUAAUACCCUUCAUUACGUUUUGGAUAUGGCGACUGGCUUUUGUUAGGAGCCUUGGUGAAGCCCAGAGACUAUUUAUGAGUCAUUUAUCUACUACAGUGGUUCUUACUGAUUGUUUGCAUGGGUUUCUGCUUUCUGCUAGUAUAGUUUUCAUUUUUCUGGGUGCCACCUCUUUACGAGAUUAUUUUAAACAUCUAAGAGAACUUGGAGGGCAGGAUGUUGAGAGAGAAGAUGAAGGUGAAAGAAAUGGUCCCCGUGCCGCUAGAAGACCUCCUGUCCCACCUAAUAGAAUUCCUGUUGUUGAUGGGAUAGGUGAAGAUGCUGCUGGAGGGCAAGGGAUUGCUGGAGCUGGUCAAAUUAUCAGGAGAAAUGCAGAGAAUGUUGCUGCCAGGUUGGAAUUGCAGGCAGCGCGCCUUGAAGCACAUGUUGAACAGAUGUUUGAUGGUCUAGAUGAUGCUGAUGGGGCAGAAGAUGUACCCUUCGAUGAACUUGUUGGUAUGCAAGGGCCUGUUUUUCAUUUGGUUGAAAAUGCAUUUACUGUUCUAGCAAGCAAUAUGAUAUUUCUCGGUGUUGUCAUUUUCGUUCCUUUUUCAUUGGGCCGGGUCAUCCUUCACUACAUAUCUUGGAUUUCCUCAGAAGCUACUGGUCCAACGGUCAUGCCAUUGACGGAGUCAGCCCUCUCUUUAGCAAAUAUCACAUUGAAGAAUGCGUUAAAUGCGAUGACAAAUAUGACAUCUGAUAUUGAGAAACGCAGUCUGUUUAACCAUGUCGUGGAAGUGGUUACAGAAACACUGAAUACGAACACAACUGAGCUUGAAGAGGUCUCAAACAAUAUAGGGAAACCACUUUCAGCCAAUCUUUUAAAAGGGGCAUUUGGUGGGAUCUCAAGCCUUUCCGAUGUUACUACGCUGGCCAUUGGUUACAUGUUUAUUUUCUAUCUGGUUUUUUUCUACCUUGGGUGCAUUGCUUUGAUUCGUUAUACCCGCGGCGAGCCGUUGACCUUGGGAAGAUUUUAUGGUAUGGCUUCUAUGAUAGAGGCAGUUCCCUCCCUUAUCAGGCAAUUCUUGGCUGCAAUGAGACAUUUACUCACUAUGGUAAAAGUCGCUUUUCUCCUGGUAAUUGAACUUGGGGUAUUUCCUCUAAUGUGUGGAUGGUGGUUGGAUAUUUGUACGGUAAAGAUGCUGGGGAAGACUAUCUCUCAACGGGUGGAAUUCUUCUCAAUCUCUCCCCUGGCAAGCUCUUUGGUACAUUGGGUUGUCGGAAUCAUGUACAUGCUACAAAUAAGCAUAUUUGUCAGCCUUCUUCGAGGGGUAUUACGAACUGGAGUUCUAUACUUCCUACGGGACCCAGCUGAUCCGAACUACAAUCCAUUUAGGGAUCUUAUUGAUGACCCUGUACAGAAGCAUGCUCGCCGGGUUUUAUUGUCGGUUGCUGUUUACGGAAGCUUAAUUGUGAUGCUGGUAUUUUUACCAGUGAAACUUGCCAUGCGUUUGGUGCCCUCUAUGUUUCCACUGGAUAUAUUGGUAUCUGAUCCAUUUACUGAGAUUCCCGCGGAUAUGCUUCUGGUGCAAAUCUGCAUUCCUUUUGCUAUUGAGCAUUUUAAGUUGCGCGCAACAGUUAAAGCCCUGCUCCGCCAUUGGUUUAAAGCAGUUGGCUGGGCACUUGGCUUAACAGAUUUCUUACUACCCAAAUCUGAAGAUAAUGGUGGACAGGAAGCAGGAAACGUAGAAAGGAAUGAUAGAUUGCGUGAUGUGAACCGAGGCGGAGUUGGUCAGCAAGAUCGUGCUUUGGUAGCACUUGUAGCUGCUGAAGAUCGAAACAGAGCCCCUCAUGUAUUGAGGAACUCUGAUGUUGCAGAAGAGUAUGACAUUGAUGAACAAGCCGAUCCUGUAUAUGGUUUUGUACUUCGCAUUGUUUUGUUGUUGGUGUUGGCAUGGAUGAGUUUGCUUUUUUUCAACUCCGCACUGAUAGUUGUACCUAUCUCUCUUGGACGCACAUUAUUUAAUGCCAUCCCUCGUCUCCCAAUCACUCAUGGAAUCAAGUGCAAUGAUCUAUAUGCAUUCAUUAUUGGAAGCUAUGUCAUCUGGACUCUUUUGGCUGGAGCAAGGUAUUGUAUUGAGCACGUAAAGACAGGUAGAGCAAAGAUUUUGUUGACCCAAAUUCUGAAGUGGGGCAGCAUAGGCCUGAAGAGCUCUGCACUUCUCUCAAUAUGGAUCUUUAUUAUCCCCAUGAUGAUUGGCCUGCUCUUUGAGCUUGUGGUGAUUGUUCCAAUGCGGGUUCCUGUGGAUGAAAGUCCAGUUUUCCUCCUGUAUCAGGACUGGGCACUGGGGCUUAUCUUUCUCAAAAUCUGGACUAGACUGGUCAUGCUGGAUCACAUGGCACCUCUUGUUGAUGAAAGUUGGCGACUAAGGUUUGAGAGGGUGAGAGAUGAUGGUUUUUCACGGCUGAGGGGGCUCUGGGUUUUGCAGGAGAUAGUGAUCCCAAUAGUCAUGAAGCUGUUGACAGCGCUCUGUGUUCCGUACGUAUUUGCAAGAGGGUUUUUCCCUGUCCUAGGGUAUUCGUUGAUUGUUAACUCAGCUGUCUACCGGUUUGCGUGGGUGGGCUCCCUUAGCUUUAGCGUGAUAUUUUUCUGUGCUAAAAGAUUUCACCUCUGGUUCACAAAUCUCCAUAAUUCUAUAAGGGAUGACCGUUACUUAAUAGGCCGAAGAUUGCACGACUUUGGUGAAGACAAGAUGCCAAAGAGAAAUGAGGCUGAGAUUGUCUCCGAAACAGCAGAAUCAAGUCAGCAAGAUUCUGGGUUAUUGCAACAGGGGCAAGAAGCUGAUGUUGGAUUAAGGCUGAGGCACCCUAACCAAAUGCAGGCUGCAUGACAAAAGGGUGUUAAGAAUCAGAGUCAGCUGGAAAGGUCAAAUGCACUUGGGCAAUGAAUCUUCGGCUGUGCUGCUGCUUCAACUGCGUGUUGUGAUAUUUUUUUUUACCGUGUAGUAUACUCGGAAAUUUGGUAGUAGCUUAUCUUUAUUAACAUUCUUGUGAAUAUAUGGAAAUUUGUAAUUGAGAAGAAUCACCACUCCCCACCUUUCAAAGGGGAGGAUAAUGCGAUGUAAUUGUUCAUAACGAAAACAGAUUACGUGUUUCUGUCAAAAGACUAGUCCUUUGAUGUUCACUCCAGGCUCUCGCCCAUGUAAUCUUAUUGGUCAUUAAUAAUUUAUACCUGCAGUUUUUGUAUUA